UCGUUUUAACCCUAAAGAGAAAGAUGAAAAUUGUGACUUCCACAAUGUGCCACGUUAUUGGUUCAAGUUCAACAGAGUAUCGAUUCCAUACGUCAACAGUUUUCUUCUUUUUGACAUAAAUGUAUCCAUUUUUAUAUGUUUAAUUUCAUAUCCGUUACUUUCUCUCGACAUACGCAUUAGUUACAACUUAAUAGAGAAUUGAUAGAAUCACAUUUUUUAGUCCUCAUCUUUGGUUGUCACCGUUAUCAUGAUAGGCAACUUGUAGAUUGUGUGCAUGUGCGAAAUUAAUUCUUAUAGUUAUAUGACAGGGAACUAAUAUGUUUGAUACUUUGAUGUAGUUGGAGCAGUGGGAAAACGAAAUCGAUAAUUGACACAAUAACCAUACAUUAUUAGUAAAAGUAAAACUAUUAUACACUAUGCAAACUCGGCACUCUAAAUGUAGGUACAUGUUACUUUCUUGCAGUAAAUAGUUAAUAACGGAACACAUCAUAAAACAUCUUGAAAACAUAUGUUACUUUGGUGCAUCAUUAUUAGAAAUAUUUUCAAACUUUUAACAAGUAUUGGAGGGUUUUGUUUAUAAAAGAAAAAGAAAAAAAAAAUUCCUAACAAGUAAGAAAAUUUGUGAAGAGUCAUUUGAUGGAGGACCCCACGGUACAUGGUUCCAUAAUGAGAGAACCACUACUAUAUAAGCUCAUCUUCACUCCCCCUCUCUUCAUGUCUCAUUCUCAACCAUCAAACCACAAAACAUCAUCUUCUUCUUCCUCUCUUAAUACCACCACUUAACGCACUUGACCUUCACCCACACUUUGAUCUCUCUCAAAUCAUCAUCCAGAAAGCGAGGGAAUAGUGUUGAGAGAUUCUGAUUUAUUUUAAGAUGAUGGCUUGUGGGUUAAGCAAGAGCCUUGGCUUCUCUUCCUCGUUGAAGAAGCAGCAAGGCAUAGUGACCAUCCUUGGUGGCAGCAGCAUUUCAUCUGCACCUUCACUCAGGAGGACUUUCUCCGCUGACUUGUCCUCCAAGAACUGGCUCACGCAGAACGGGACUCCUCCUAUGAAGAGGAUCUCUUCCUCUGAGAAGCUCCAUAACUUUGGUGCUGACUCAUUGAACUCCCAAGACGAAGAACACGGAUCAAGAUCUGGGGUUGAUAUAUGGACUCAGAUUCAAGAAGACAAGAACAAGAAGGAGCAUGAGACCGAGCCGAGCCAAACCGAUGUAUGGAGUUCGAUUUUAUCCGACAAGAAGAAGAAGACGGACACGGAGACGGUUCCUCCACCGUACGUUCAUCCUCUGGUGAAACGAGCCAGCUCCUUGAGCGAGAAAAGCCUAGAGAUUUGCACUGAGAGCCUCGGAUCCGAGACGGGUUGCGAAGGCUUCUCUUCUUAUGCAUCGUCGGAGACUGGAGAGGCUGAGGAGAAUCUUGUUCUUGAAGUUACAGUGACCAAAGAAGAAGAAGAAACAGAGUUUGUUGUUGAGGUUGAACAAGAACAAGUCACGGUUCCGAAUCAGACAAGCUGCAUGGAGAUGCCUCGAGGUUCGUUUCCUCCACCGAUUCGUUCUCUCUCGAGCCAGUCGGGCUCAGCUCUGCACAUGAAAACUCGCCGCGACAAUGGACGACUGGUUCUCGAGGCUGUCUCUAUGCCGUCGCACAACAACUUCUCCGCUAAGCGACAAGACGGACGUCUCCUCCUCACUUUUGCAGAAAUUGAGGAGAAAGAAGACGAAACUGAUGAGGUUCAGUGGUUCGAUGAAGAAGAAGAAGUGGAGGAAGCACAAGACGAGUGGGCCUAUAAGCCCAAUGGGCUUCUAUAUAAGGUAGCACAAAAGCCUAUUGGGCCUAUUACUGUUCAUAGGUUGGCAUGUAAGCCUAUUGGAGUACCGAAGAUAAACUCGAGAUGGCCCGCCACGGAUGAGUUCGAAACUAAAACCGAUAUGUCGACGCCGGUAGUCCACUCUCUGCCACCGAGGCCAAGGGUGGCUCAGCUGGCUCGGUCAAUGAAACCGCCGUCCACAGUGGACGACACCGUGGGAGCUGCUUGCUUCAACACAUGUGAUUACUCUUGGAAGCCCACUAACAAUGAAGUAUUGGGGGGAAACACAAAAACCCAAUUUCAAGCCCAAGACUAUGUCCAGAAAUCAAUGGGUGUGGUGGUUACACAUGAUUUGAUAAAUGGUUGCAAGGAACCAAGGAGGUCUCUUUUGUCUGUUGAGCGUUUCUGCAUUGCUACUUCAUAAGUUGAAGACCUUACCAAAAAUGAGAAAUUUACAAGACGCAUAAGCAUAUGAUAUAUCUAUUUGUAUAUAUAUUCGAGUAAUAUACUCGAAUAUAUAUGCAUAUCAACCAAAUAAUUGUUGUUGUUGAUGGUUUUUCUACCUCUAUGUGUUUUACCACUUGUCUUUUGGCUUGUGGGUAAAAAAGAAAAAUAAUAAGUAGGAAAAGAAAGAAAGUGAGGAGUGAAAAUUAGAUAAUAAUUUAUACUUUUUAAAAUGAGGUUGUAUACCUCGUUGGAGUAAGAAAUAUGUAUCAUGAGGUAUUGUACGUACAAACUUUGGUUGUUCACAUCGCUUGAAAUAAGACGAGAAGACUCGUUUUAUUGAUUUAA